CAGUUGCAAACAUUAUACCCAUUUUAGUGAUCAGGUGAACAACUGUGGUUUACACUGCACAUAUAUCCAAUUAGGACAUUGACUGUUUCAUCUGGAGUUUAAGGAAAAACUACAUUUGUGGUUAUUUUCUUGUUAACUUACUUGUGGGCUAAACUUUUAAUCACAAUUUGCAAAGUGGAUUUUAAUACCCGCACAAACAGCAGCAUGUUAAAUCUAUCUCUCCCUAACAAAUAGAAAAUCAAACCACUUUUGCUCUUAGUACUACUGCAAUAGAGAGUGAUCACUACAAAAUCCCAGGCAGCUAAAAGAGUGUACCAUGGCUCAGUAUGACCAACUUGAGGAUAAGGACUCAUUGGAUAUUCAUGAUAAUCCACCAGUACCUGACAAUGUGGUGAAAGAGAAUGACAACACUGUAUAUUUUGUAUAUGAUGAAGAUGUAGAGGAAGAGGAGGCUCCCCCUCCCCCCACUCCUGAGCCUGUAGUCAUGGUGAAUGACAGACCACAUAAGUUUAAGGACCACUAUUGCAAAAAACCCAAGUUCUGUGACGUCUGUGCUCGAAUGAUUGUCCUCAAUAACAAAUUUGCUCUUCGUUGCAAAAACUGCAAGACCAACAUCCAUCACGCAUGCCAGUCAUAUGUGGAGUUCCAGAGAUGCUUUGGCAAAAUACCUCCAGGGUUCAGACGGGCAUACAGCUCCCCGUUGUAUGAUCAGGAGAUAAAUAAUCCUGGCCAGCAAAAUCGCAAUGACCCAGUGUUUGAUACUCUGCGAGUUGGAGUAAUCAUGGCCAAUAAGGAGAGGAAGAAGAGAUCAGAUGAUAAAAAGAAUAUAAUGAUGAUGAUGAUGGAGGAAGAUGAAGCCCAGCAGCCCAAAGAGGGUGAAGAAGCAGCUGAAGGAAAGCAGGAUGGAGAUAAGAAAGACAAGGCGGCAGCCGAUGACAAGAAUAAGAAGCAGCAGCAGACCUUUAGCCAGUCUCAUUACUACAUGGCUCUGUACCGCUUCAAAGCAAUUGAAAAGGAUGACUUGGACUUCCACCCUGGUGAUCGUAUAACAGUUAUUGAUGAUUCUAAUGAAGAAUGGUGGAGGGGUAAGCUUGGGGAAAAGACAGGAUACCUGCCAAUGACCUACAUUAUCAGAGUGCGUGCAGGAGAGAGAGUGUAUAAGGUGACACGCUCCUUCGUGGGUAACAGAGAAAUGGGCCAGAUCACACUAAAGAAAGACCAGAUAGUGGUGAAGAAAGGUGAGGAGGUGAAUGGCUAUCUGAAGGUCAGCACAGGUCGUAAACUGGGUUUCUUCCCUGCGGACCUGCUCCAGGAAAUCUAAACUACAUGACUGCACAGCUCCUCAAGCCAUUGUUCUCACUAUUAAAUAAAGAAGUAAUAUCUUGCUUGGUUUGCCAAAUACAUAACCUUGUAAUAGAAGAGCAAUAAGUUGCAGAUCGCAACCAGCAAGCAUGUUGUAGAAUGUAUGGUGGCUGUCAGGUGCCAAGAUACUUCCAAAAACACAUCGUCUACGACUGCAUCGAGUACCUAUAAUAAGUGAAGUGGUUUGAUUACUUUAGAUAAAUAUGUAGAAAUUAUGUUUAGCAAUUUAGUCUGUAAAUCUAUAAGUUAUAGCUUCCAUGUAUAGCGAAUAUUAUUGUUAGCCUAAUUGUACUUGUUAUUUUUGUUUGCUUUUGUGAAUUCCACAUGUUGUGCUCUCCUGUUUCACUUUUGUCUAUACCUAAUUUGGUUUAUUUGUUUCACUUUGCUGUAGACUGUAGUUGACCAAUCAAUGUAACACCACCAUUUUGUUUGUUUGUUGGAAUAAUAAUUUUUGUUCUCAGACUUCUCACAACAAAAACAUAUGAGAAAAUCCAUCUGCAGCAACGACUGAUUCUUCUUUUUUCUGUCUUCCAAUCUGUGCUAUAGUGCUACCAAAUUCAAGUUGCUGUUUCAGUGUAAAAACAUGAAAGGCACUCUUUAGAACCAGUGUUUGCUUUGUCCCUUCUGGGCUACUGUGGAAACAUGGAGGUGCAACAUGGCAGCCCUCUUGGUUGAGACCUGCUCUCCAUGUAGAAGGGCUCAUUCUAAGCUAACGAAAAAUAUUCGACAUUACAGGUGACUAUGUACUAAUGAAAACAUGUUUUUGUAUACUAUAUUCUAUUUCUGCUAAUAGAUCCUCCUAAAUAUUACACACUGCUCCUUUAUAUUAGAAGGUUUUUGAGAAAUAUGGCCUCAUUGUUUGAAACUCUUCAGCAGCCAGUUGUCAUUUGCAAGCCCUACAAUUUGUCAUUUAACAAGUCAGUUCAUUAAAUAACACACAAUACCAUAGGAUUUAUUAUUUUUUGGGGGUAUAUGUUAUUCACUGACUUAAAUUUUUAUUUUUUAUUUUUUAACAAUGCCCCAUGAUAUACAAGCCUAAGUAAGGGACUGUAUCAUGCAAAACACCUAUUAAUAAUUCAAAUUAAUGAGAGGAUCUUUUGGUGAUCUGUGUGUGCAGACUUGGAGUGAAAUUCUCAAGUUAACUUCGAAUUUCUGUUUUAAUGAGCUAUUGUUAUAUCUGAUGUUUGCAAUAUACAGAGAAACUGUCAUUAGUGAUAUACCUUUACAUUUUAGUGCAUGAAAUUUUGACAGGAUUUUUACAAGUAGCCUAAACAUUAACCAUUCAUCUACAAACUGUCCACAUUCUGUUUCUUUCCUGUUAUAUUUACUGGGCAUAUCUGGCACUUCAUCUACUAAAGGUUUACUAAUUGUUGAAAAUGUUACAGAAAACCAAAACUUCAUGGCAGCUUACCACUGAAAUUUACAAUUUCAUGGUAUUUCAAACUGACUUCUUAUCUAUAAAUUAUAUUUGGUUCUAAAUAAAACAACAUUUUUUGUA